ACAGAAUUGAUCAGUUGCUUCUUAGCUUCUCAUCAUGAAGUUAACAAUUGUUAUCGCUUCCUGCUUGUUUGCCUUGGCACUAGGAGAUGCAAGCUAUGGUGGUGGUCAAACCCUCGGAGAAGGAAGAAUUGCACUCAAUGCAGGCGGAGGUCAUAGACACCAUAGUCCAGGUGUAAGUUCUGACAGAUCGCGCAGUGGACAUGGUGCUAGUCAUGGAUAUGUCACCAACUCAGCUAAACCUUCACCUUUUCAUAGUAAUGGAUCCCGUUUCGGUAAUAGAAGGGGACAUGAAGGUGAGCAUGGAUAUUUGAAAAGAUCAGCUGAACCUAGCUUUGGACAUGGAUUUCAUCAUAACAGGCUCAUGCGCUCGGCUGAAACCAAACCUGGUAAACAUGGAAAUUUGAAAAGAUCAGCUGAACCUAGCUAUGGACAUGGAAAUCAUCAUAGCAGACUUAUGCGCUCAGCUGAAACCAACCCUGGUAAACAUGGAUAUUUGAAAAGAUCAGCUGAACCUAGCUAUGGACAUGGAGAUCAUAAUAACAGACUUAUGCGCUCAGCUGAAACAAAACCUGUUAAUCAUGGAUAUUGGAAAAGAUCAGCGGAAAAAAGCCAUGGACAUGGAGGUCAUCAUAACAGACUUAUGCGCUCAGCUGAAACCAACCCUGGUAAACAUGGAUAUUGGAAAAGAUCAGCUGAACCUAGAUAUGGACAUGAAGGACAUCAUAACAGACUUAUGCGCUCGGCUGAAACCAACCCUGGUAAACAUGGAUAUUGGAAAAGAUCAGCUGAACCUAGAUAUGGACAUGAAGGACAUCAUAACAGACUUAUGCGCUCGGCUGAAACCAACCCUGGUAAACAUGGAUAUUGGAAAAGAUCAGCUGAACCUAGCUAUGGACAUGAAGGUCAUCAUAACAGACUUAUGCGCUCGGCUGAAACCCCGCUUGGUAAAUAUGGAUAUUGGAAAAGAUCAGCUGAACCUAGAUAUGGACAAAGUGGUCAUCACAGACUUAUGCGGUCAGCUGGCGGACAUAGUGGGUUCAGCCAGGAAAGCUUAAGCUUCUAAGGAUAGAGCUUUUGGACAAGAAAAUAUUGGAUUCAACUUUAUAAAUUGUAUCGUCAGUAAAUUGUAAAAUGGAUCUGAAUAAAAACUUAUUUCCAAACCUUUCAA